AAACGUAAUUUGUCAGUGAAUGUGGAGUGAAGUCACAAGAUCUAGGAAAAUUAGUUUUUUACUUUGUUAUAGUUUAAUAGUACAUUCGCCGAAAUCAGUGUUUCAUUUAAAAUUAAUUUUCUAUUCGUAUACAAUGGAUAUAAUGGCGUUCACUUUAAAUUCUCGAUUAUAAGUGACGCUGAUUUCAAAGAUCAAUUUAUGAAUGAUGCAGUCUGUUUUUUGGACUGGCAGAGUGCUAUCACGUGCUCUAAGAAAUGGAUUGUCGAGUUUAUCUAGCUCUGCUGAAUUAAAUGUUUCUAAAAAGAAACAUCCAUAUUUAGUUUCAGUGGUGUGUGGUUUUCCUAAAGAUAUUGCAAAUGGAAGGUCUCACAAAGGCCAGUUUGGAGACGACGCAUGGUUCUCAACUAACUCUAUCAAUGCAGACGUUAUUGGAGUUGCCGAUGGUGUGGGAGGAUGGCGUGCAUAUGGCAUUGACCCGGGAGAGUUUUCUUCGUAUCUCAUGAGGACAUGUGAGAGAUUAGUGCAAAUGGGUCACUUCAAAAUGACAGAGCCGGGAGAUCUCCUAGCCAAGUCGUACUAUGAGCUACUAGAACACAAGAAACCAAUACUAGGAAGUAGCACAGCGUGCGUCAUGAUCUUAGAUCGCACAGAGAGUGUGAUGCGGGCUGCAAACAUCGGCGACAGCGGGUACAUGGUGGUGCGCGGCACGAGGGUGGUGCACCGCUCCCACGAGCAGCAGCACUACUUCAACACACCAUUCCAGUUGAGUCUGCCUCCUCCUGGACACGACAGAAAUGUCCUCAGUGACAGGCCCGAGUCGGCGGAGACGGCGGAGUUUCGCGUGGAGUGCGGCGACGUGAUACUCGUUGCGACCGACGGCGUGUUCGACAACGUGCCUGAGACGGUGCUUGUCGCAGAGAUGCGUCGCGCGCAGGGCGUGGCCGGCGACGCGCGACAACUCCAGGCGGUGGCCAACUCGAUCGCGUGGAUGGCGCGAAACCUCUCGUUUGACGGAUGCUACAUGUCGCCAUUUGCAAAGAGCGCGCGCCAAAACGGCAUCGAUGCUAUUGGUGGCAAGCCAGACGACAUUACAGUGUUGCUAGCUAUCGUAGCCCUAUGAAGACGUCAAUUUAGAAAAAAAUCGUAAAAUCUACACCAGUAGGAAAAUGAAACGACACCAAAAAGUCAACAUAAUAUUCGAUUAAUUGUAGGCGUGUUGUUAAAAUUUGUCUGAUGCGUAUAUGAGAUCUGAAGACCAAUAAUUCUCGUAACUAUUUUUGGUAUAAUCUCGUUUCGGGCUACGUGUUGACUCAUUUCCGUACAGGGCACAGGAGCAGGACGGCCUGAGUGCUGAGUGUAAGUUUUUUGUCACUUCUCACCCUGAAUACCACUGACCUUCAUUAUACAAGUACGCUGGACUUACAAUACCCUUUGAAAUGACUGCUGGUUU